AUGGCUGUCAAUAGUGGGCAUAUUUUUUAUCUUUGCCUAAUUGGCUUACUGGUUUUCGUAAAAGAACAUGAGGUAAUCUCAGCUUCCAAAUUUUUUUUAGUGAGUUUAGUGAAAUAUUAAUUUCCGCAGCCAACUGCCGUUCAAAAGGGUAAUACAGAGUACCGCCUAGAGUCGCUGGAGACAAAAUGUGAUCAGGAUUUCGUGGAAUAUUUCCAUAGAGUGCCCGACUCUCAGAUUCUAUAUACUUUUCGUGUCGCAAAGUUGGCCUCUGCUUUUACCAUCAAUAUAACAAUUAAAGUCCUCAAGACACAUCGAAUUAUGUAUAAGAUAGAAAACUUUAAGGGUUGUGAGUUUCUUAACAAUCCUGUAGUAUUUAAAAUGUUUGGCGAAUCAUACAAAACCUUGGUGGUCAAUGGCAGUUACUUCAAGUGUCCUAUAAAGCCGAAGAUUUACUAUCUGAAAACCGACGGCAUUAUGUCCAUGAUACCAAGCGUCCAUCCAUUUGGCCGUUUUCAACUAUCAAUGCGUGUAAAAAUGACAGAGAGUCGUAAACCAUUUGUAAUGGAAAUGUUGCUUAACUAUACAAUUGUGCGCAUUAAAUAAAUAAAUUUCCAGCUUUGUCCAUCUAAAAUAUUAAAAGUGUUUAAUUUCUUCCUAAAAACAUUGAACGGGACUUUAUUCUAUUCCUACUUACUUAACAUUUUUCAAAAAAGGGAACAAGUGUUGCAUCCUAUAGUUCUUAAAGACAAGUCUGAAACCUCGACUAUAAAAAACAUUUUCCUUCCUGGCCAACUUUGGUGCUCUAUACACUAUUCGGUUUAUGAAAUAGGGACCUGUCUUCAGCAGUGAUGUUUUAGUUAAAGUAAUAAAGUCACAAUAAAUAUUUAUACCCGUUACUCGUAGAGUAAAAGGGUAUACUAGAUUCGUUGA